AGCUUUGGCCCCCACCAGCUGGGGGGCCACGUUAGAUUCAGAAACCCGCCACCAUGGAUGCGGGAAAGGCGUGGACGGCCAAGCAGAUCCCUUUGGAGGACAGCCUUUUCACGGGCUUAUGCCGGCGUGGGCGACGACGACUCCGGGAGAUUGAGCAAGCCACGCGCUGCUCGGUGAAGUUCGACCGCCAGCGGCGGGCGCUGUGGGCCACGGGCACGCCCGAGGGCAUCGCCCAGGUGGAGGCCCAGGUGGAGAGCAUGACGGGCCCCCGGCAGCAGAUCUCCCGGGCCGCCUGGGCGGAGCUCAUGCGCACCAGGACCACCUCCGAUGCGUCCUCGGCUUUGGCGCAGAUUCAGCAGCAGAGCGGGUGCCGCGUGCAUAUCGAGCGCGCGAAGAAUGAGGUGCGGCUCUUCGGUUCGAAGACUUGCGUGGAACAGGGUGCCAAGCUGCUGACUAGCCUUCAGGCCAUUUGCACAGAGCAAGAGAUCCCCAUCAAGACAGCGUCCUUGCCGCUGGAAGUUCUGAAUAGCUUCGCUCAGGCGCUUUGCGUUACCUUCCGCCUGGAGGAGGACCGGCUCAUCGUCCUGGGGCUCAUCCCCGUAGCGCGGCAAGCCGCGCAGCAGCUGGCGCUCUGCCUGCCGGCGGGGGUGCAGACGGUGCCGCAGCAGGUGCUGCAGGCGGCGCAGCAGCAGGUCGAGCGGCAGGUUUCCUGGCUACGGCUGGACGGAUCACCCAACUCUUCAGCCUGGCUGCGGCCGGACGGGUCGCCCAGCACCACCGCCAGCGAGGGAGACCGGCCGCAAGAGCGGCUGAUGCUGCCAUUGGGCUCAGGCCAGGAGUGCGGCGCUUUUGGUUUGGGGACCUCUCCGCCUUCGCCCCAGUUACUACACGGCCAGACAAGCUGGCAAGUGAUGAUGCCAGGUAUCGUCCAGGGGCAGGCGGGCAUGUCGCCCGUGUCGCCCACCUACAUGGCGGGCUGUGGCCCGGUGUGGAACAUGGAGAUGGGCCAGUACCAGGUCUGUAUUCCUGCAGGUGCCAUGAUGCAGCCUUGCGGGCAGCCAUACGCAGUGGGUCGGUGAACUCGAAAAAACUCGGUAGCUGUAGGAGUCGGCGAGAAGUACGGAGUGCACAGGAGUUCACGCCUUGUGAGCGAGCUCCGCUUGGCCGACGGAGGUUUCCUGGGCCAAAAACCAAGUCUUGGCGUCCA